UUGUUAACAUAACAUUUAUUUUCCUCAAUUCUGUAAAUUGACUGUUUGGAUAUAUUAAAAUGAAGGUGUAACUAUACCAUGGAAGAGUUUUGGAUUUUUUUUAGUUUUCUAUUAGUUGUUGGCCUUCAGAGAGUAACAGCCUUUGGUACACUUUGGACAGAAUGGUGGACAUACAGUGGUGUCUCAGGUCCACGAUAUUGGGGAAUUCAUAAUCCAGACUGGAGUAUAUGUAAUAAAGGGAAAUAUCAAUCACCUAUCAACAUUGAUCCUAAAAUAUUAGUACAUGAUCCACAUAUGAAACAUCUCAAUAUUAGUAAAUAUCAAAUUGAUGGUCUUUUCAAAAACAAUGGACAUGAUUUAUCUCUUUUAAUUAACAAUACCAAUACAAAACCAUUUUUUAUAACCGGUGGACCUCUAUCAUAUAAAUAUACAUUGUACGAGAUAAAAAUUCAUUUCGGAGAUCAUGACAGCAUAGGAUCAGAACACAGUAUUGGUGGGAAGAAAUUUCCGUUAGAAAUACAGCUUUAUGGAUAUAAUGGCGAGAUUAAUAAAAACAUUUCUCAAGCAUUAAGUGCUCCUCAUGGUAUAGCAGCAGUAUCAAUAUUAGCGCAGGUCACAGAUCAUGAUAACGAUUAUUUAGAUAUUUUAAUACAAGCUGCAAUGAAAGUUCGAUUAAAAGGAAUGACAACGCCCGUUUUAAAUUUCUUUCCAAAGGAAUUCCUUCCUGUAACUCCGUCAUUUGUAACUUAUGAAGGGUCACUAACCAGACCCGGCUGUAUGGAGACAGUAACCUGGGUUAUAUUAAAUAAACCAAUACAUGUAUCUUAUAAUCAACUAGAAUCGUUACGAUCUCUUACUAAUCAUGAUAAUAGUGGACAAUCCUUAAUGGAAAAUAAUUUUAGAAUAACUAUGCCAAGUCAUGGUCGACUGAUUAGAACCAACAUCAAAUCAAAAGCUAAAGUAGGUCGACGAUUGUUACAGCAUGAAAUUGACGUCAUACGAAGUGAAUAGUAAGUUCAAGGAGGAACACUAACCUAAAUUGUUUGACUACAGACAUAAAUAUCUGCAUAUGUAAAUAGCUAAUUAAUGUAAAACGGUAUACAAAGAUAUUUUUAUGGUGUCGAUAUUAUGUUAUAUAUGCAAUACUUAAAGCAACUGUGAUAAUUGGUGGAAACACCAUUCAAAAAUGAAGAGAACGUUAUACAUCGACUUCUUCAUAUCUCAUAGUUUCAACACUUCAAAACGGUGCUGUGAAGAGGAUAAAACCUGAAAGAUCAGGAAUUUAUGGUUCAACAACAUAAUUGAAACGUGUGAUAUAACAUUGUCUUCCAAAAGAUGGUAUCUGUUAGAAGACCAUUCACAAUAACCGCAUUAUGUGCCAAGAUGAUCAAUAAAAACAUAUGUGUUGUACUCAUAUGUAUAUAUUGAUGAUUACAAUAAAUCAUUUUAAUUGA